UUGAGUCAUCUGUGUGUCAGCGCUCUUCUCUGCCAGACUGACAGACUCACCGCCACAGAGAGAGAGAGAAACAGUGAGGAGCUGAAACUAAAGGGAUCUAUUCCGGCGGACCUGGACUGGAGACAUGACCAAAGAGACUGAGACUCUGGGACUAGUUUUUCAGAGCGAGAACUUCAACUACAACCAAUACACAAACUGCAACAUGGACUCCUGGUCCUACCCGGACACCCUCGAGCAGAACCACUCCAAACCCAGACUCCACCCUGGGGACGACCUGGCCGCCUUAACCAUGCUGUAUGAGCAGUGCAAGAGCCAGAAAGAUCAGAAGAUUGUCCCCUGCCACCGCGGCAAUAACAUCAACAAAAUGACCGAGAGGUCCCCAGCGAACGCCAAUGAGCUCGUGUCGCUGGAUGUGUCCGCUAACGUCAUGAAGCUCCUGUCUGAGAACAUUCCCAUCAGCCACCCUCAGGAGAUUCUGGGAUCCAAGCUCCACACCUCCCUGCCCAUCUCCGUGCCCACCACCUCGGACACCUACACCACUUUGACCAGCGUGGUGGCCGAUACCUACGACAAACAGGAGCUCAACAUCAUCUUCGACUCCCUGCUGCAGAAGUGGCCCGAGACCGGUGCUUUUCCCGACCACAGCAGCGAGGCUCUUCCCUACAGCGACCCCUUCCCCGAGGACACCUCCAGCCCUGUCUACUCCGGCUCCUACACCAGCUCCCCACAGCCUGAGAGAUUCAGGAACGAGUUCCAGUUUUCCCUGGGAGCUCCCUCGGCUUCUGGUUACAAAUCCAACGAGUUGCCCAUGGUCUACCUGAACAAGGGACAGUUCUACCCCAUCACCCUGCAGGGAGUGGACAGCAGUGCUUGCCUCACAUCCACCAAAGUCAAAACGGUCGUGAUGGCUGUGUUUGAGAACGACAAGAGCCCAGAAAUGCAGCUCCGCUUCUGGAAUCACUGGCAUGCCCGGCAGCCGACCGUCAAGCAGAGGGUCAUUGACAUUGCGGACUACAAAGAAGUGUUCAGCGGCAUCAGCAACAUAGAGGAGGUGGCUUUCAACGCGCUCUCCUUUGUGUGGAACCCCAGUGAAGAAGCCAAGGUUUACAUCGGCAUCAACUCCCUGAGCACGGACUUCUCCUCUCAGAAGGGAGUGAAAGGCCUCCCCCUCAACCUGCAGAUCGACACCUACGACUUCAGCUCGGGAACCAACCAGCUCCUACACAGAGCCGCCUGCCAGGUCAAGAUCUUCUGUGAUAAGGGUGCAGAGAGGAAGAUGCGCGAUGAGGACAGGAAGAGGAGCAAGAGGAGAGUAAAGGGCGACGGCAACGCCAAAUCUCAAGUGAGCAGCUCCAUGGGCAGUGAGUGUACCUUCUUCCGGAUGCUGGACGACCACGUCACCCAGCCGGUUCUGUUCAUCCCAGAAGCACACCUCUCCAGUUUACAGCGCAUGGCCGUUCCCAUGGACGAGAGUGAUAGGAGUUCUAUGAAGAGGCUGUACCCCGACAGAGAGCAGAGCAGCCCUCCACCCAGCAAGCAGGCCCGCAAAGAGGACCCUCAGAGAGUUCUGUUGUACGUGAGGGCAGGAGUGGAGGAGGUGUUUGAUGCCCUCAUGCUCAGCUCGCCCACACUGUCGGGCCUACAAGAAGCUAUCUCAGAAAAGUAUGGCGUGCAAAAAGACACCAUUGGCAAAAUCUACAAAAAAUGCAAGAGAGGGAUUUUCGUCAACAUGGACGACAACAUCAUCGAACACUACACCAACCAGUCGGCCUUUCUCAUCGAGAUGUCGGAGGUGGUGUCCGGUCAGUUCCAGGUCACCCUCGUCGAAGUAUGAGAACGCGUCGGCUGCCUGCUCGAUUGAAGGAUGAAGAAAAAAGAAAAAGAAAGAAAUCCCAGCUGCCACCUCUCGAAGCACUGCCCAACCAGAGACUAUGGAAGCUGCCGAAAAGCAAAGCAUGAACUGGAUCGAGGAGACAUCGCCAGUUUUUUCUGAUUCCUCAUGAAAAUGACUCUGUAAAUACCACUCGCCCCAUUUCUGAUUUUUUUAUUCAAAUUUAAUAUUAUAACGUAAGAGCAUUUAUAAUGAACAGCCUGUACAUAUAUAGUGUAAAUAGAUUGUAAUAUGACAGUGUUUUUAUGAACUAUAGCCACGUGCAUUUUGAAAUCCAUUUUCGACACACUGCUAUGUAUUUCAAGUUUUUUCACAGAGCACGGCAUAUUUUCAGCGUUUUCAGAGGUUGCUAUCCUUGCUGCUUUCAGUCUAGUCGUCAUUUCUUCUGCAAGAGCCAUUGGUGCAUUUUCUCACCCACAUCCUGCUAACAAUGUUUUUUCACUGCCAAAAGUAUCCUCCUCUAGGUUCCUGUUAGUUUCACGACUAAAACAUCCCGACGCCGGGUUUACGUUCAGAACCUAAAGUCACACAUUUCUACCCGUAAAAAAAACCCACGAGAGAGUUAGUGUUGGCCAUCGUUUGCGCCCGGAGCUGCAUGUGGGCAUUUCCUGACUGUAUGGUGUAACCACUGAUUCUUCCUGGAAACACUUCAACCCCCUGACACCCAACCCCCCGAGGCCUGCCAGAGGACUUUCAUAGUAUGCGUGUGUUUAAGCAUGUGUGUGUGUAAAAGAGUAGUAGGAUUUUUUUUUUCCUUGUAUGUUACGCAUCAUUUCAAAGCGAACAUGUAUGCCUGUAAUAUUUCAUUAUUAUCCCAUGGCAAUUCUGGUUGUAUUAGUCAAAUCUUGCCCUGUUUUGUAAGAAAAUAAAGAAAAUGCAUCGGA